CUGAGGGAGGGGUCGAACUGCGGGCUGCUGGUUGCUGGAGGCUGGGGCGGCUGUGGAGCCUGGGGUGAGAGGGAGUGUGAGGAGUGAAAGGUGAGCCUAGCUGAAGGAGGGGAAACGGUGCCCGGCGCCCCCAGUCUAUGGAGCGGGCUAAGAUGGCGGAGGCGGAGAGCCUGGAGUCGGCGGCGGAGCACGAGCGUAUCCUGAGAGAGAUUGAGAGCACAGACACGGCCUGCAUCGGGCCCACGCUCAGGUCUGUCUAUGAUGGUGAGGAACAUGGACGAUUCAUGGAGAAGCUUGAAACUCGCAUCCGCAAUCAUGACCGAGAAAUCGAGAAAAUGUGCAACUUUCAUUACCAGGGCUUUGUGGAUUCUAUUACUGAAUUGCUGAAAGUGAGAGGAGAAGCCCAGAAACUCAAAAAUCAAGUGACGGACACUAAUAGAAAACUGCAACAAGAAGGAAAAGAACUGGUGAUAGCAAUGGAAGAGCUGAAGCAGUGUCGACUACAACAAAGAAAUAUUUCUGCCACUGUUGAUAAAUUAAUGCUGUGUCUUCCAGUCCUAGAGAUGUACAGCAAAUUGAGGGACCAGAUGAAAACUAAAAGGCAUUAUCCUGCACUGAAAACUCUGGAACAUCUAGAGCAUACCUAUCUGCCUCAAGUAAGCCACUAUCGAUUCUGCAAGGUGAUGGUGGACAACAUCCCCAAGCUUCGAGAAGAAAUAAAAGAUGUUUCCAUGUCUGAUCUCAAAGAUUUCCUGGAGAGCAUCCGCAAACAUUCAGACAAAAUUGGAGAGACAGCCAUGAAGCAAGCUCAACAACAAAGAAAUCUGGAUAACAUCGUCUUGCAACAGCCCAGAAUAGGUAGCAAGAGAAAAUCUAAGAAAGAUGCAUAUACAAUAUUUGAUACAGAGAUGGAGAGCACUAGCCCCAAGUCUGAACAGGAUUCAGGAAUUCUGGAUGUUGAAGAUGAGGAAGAUGAUGAAGAGGUACCUGGGGCCCAAGAUUUGGUGGAUUUCUCUCCUGUUUAUCGAUGUCUGCACAUAUAUUCUGUCCUGGGUGCCCGGGAAACGUUUGAAAACUACUAUCGAAAACAGAGGCGAAAACAGGCCAGAUUGGUGCUUCAGCCCCCAUCAAACAUGCAUGAAACUUUAGAUGGCUACAGGAAGUAUUUUAAUCAAAUUGUAGGAUUUUUUGUGGUUGAAGAUCACAUUUUACAUACAACCCAGGGCUUAGUUAAUAGAGCCUACAUUGAUGAAUUAUGGGAAAUGGCACUUUCGAAAACCAUUGCAGCACUCCGUACCCACUCGUCUUAUUGCUCUGAUCCCAACCUUGUGUUAGAUUUGAAGAAUCUCAUUGUGCUUUUUGCUGAUACACUACAGGUUUAUGGUUUUCCUGUAAAUCAGCUUUUUGACAUGCUGUUAGAAAUCAGAGACCAGUAUAGUGAAACUCUGCUGAAAAAGUGGGCAGGCAUUUUCAGAAACAUCCUUGAUUCUGACAACUAUAGUCCGAUCCCAGUAACAAGUGAAGACAUGUAUAAAAAGGUGGUAGGACAAUUCCCAUUCCAAGAUACAGAGCUGGAAAAGCAAUCGUUCCCAAAAAAGUUUCCAUUCUCUGAAUUUGUACCAAAAGUUUACAAUGAAAUUAAAGAAUUUAUCUACGCCUGUCUGAAGUUUUCAGAAGAUCUUCAUCUAAGCUCUACUGAAGUUGAUGACAUGAUUCGUAAAUCUACAAACCUGUUGCUUACUAGGACCCUAAGCAACUGUCUGCAAAAUGUCAUUAAAAGGAAGAACAUUGGGCUUACUGAGCUUGUUCAGAUUAUUAUCAAUACAACACAUUUGGAGAAAUCCUGUAAGUAUUUGGAAGAAUUCAUCACCAAUAUCACUAAUGUGCUUCCAGAAACAGUCCAUACCACUAAGCUCUAUGGCACCACAACUUUUAAGGAUGCGAGGCAUGCAGCUGAAGAAGAGAUUUAUACAAAUUUAAACCAGAAGAUUGACCAGUUUCUACAGCUGGCAGACUAUGACUGGAUGACAGGAGAUUUGGACAACAAAGCUAGUGAUUACCUGAUAGACCUCAUUGCCUUUCUGCGUAGCACCUUUGCUGUAUUCACACACCUUCCUGGAAAGGUGGCUCAGACAGCAUGUAUGUCAGCUUGCAAGCAUUUAGCCACAUCCUUGAUGCAGCUUUUGCUGGAGGCUGAAGUAAGGCAGCUCACCUUAGGAGCUUUACAACAGUUCAACCUGGACGUCAGAGAAUGUGAACAGUUUGCCAGAUCCGGCCCGGUGCCUGGGUUCCAGGAGGACACGCUGCAGUUGGCCUUCAUCGACUUGAGACAACUUUUGGAUCUCUUCAUCCAGUGGGACUGGUCGACCUACCUUGCUGAUUAUGGCCAGCCCAACUGCAAGUACCUACGGGUAAACCCUGUAACAGCGCUGACGCUGCUUGAGAAGAUAUCUAGAGAGAUGAAGGAUACUAGCCGCAAGAACAACAUGUUUGCACAGUUUCGGAAAAAUGAGCGAGACAAGCAGAAAUUGAUUGACACUGUGGCCAAGCAGCUUCGAGGACUCAUCAGCAGCCACCACUCAUGAAGGCUGGCCUCAGCCCAUAGGGGCUACUUCCUGCAGCUCCACAGUCCAGGAUCCAGCUCAGGCUGGCGCUGCAUUUGUGCUUUCUUCUUCAAAGAGAACAUAUGUAUUUUUUUAUUAACCCUGUACAGUAUUCACAUAAUCUUUCCCUGAUAAAAGAGACAUGAGGAUAAGCAAGUACAUAAAACGUUGCUAGUGGGGACUUGAAAGUUAUUACUACACUGUCUGUAUUGUCCUAGAAAAGGAGGUGAUAUCAUUCUGAAUGUGAUAAACCACCUCUCAUCCAUGGCUCUACAGUUUAGUUCUGGAGCCUAGGAACUACCCAGACAAAGUAGGUGCUUUUUCUAAGAGGUAAGGUGAGUAACCAAAGGAUAAUAAAGUAUAUCCUGUUCACUCCCGAGUGCCCAUUUACCACGUAGAUGAGGCUAAUCCUUCUUGAUGCAAGGAAAGAGCCUAUCAAACGUUACUGUUUAACACACUAAAGACAGUUCUAGGUGUCCAUUUCUCAGUCUGCUGAUUUUCAUUGACUGGCGUGGCAAGGUGACAGCUUCACUUCAGUCCCCCAAGGAUUGUUUCUUUAGCCCUGAUCUGACCCAAGGGUUUUACUGUUUUUUUUUUUUUUUUCCUGUGGCAGGAUAAACAGCAGUACCUUUGGAUCCCAGGAUUCACUGCAGGUUGCUCUGACAUUAGGAGUGUUGGCUCUCAGCGUAGGGUAUUUUUCUGGAUUUUAAAAGCAAACAGUUUGAAUUAGAGCCCCAGUCCUUUUCCUCUUUAUCUUAUUCCCUUCUAUUAUGGUCAGAACACUUGGUUCAAAAUGUAGGUCAACAGUUAUUUCUGCAGGUCCUCACAGAGAGUCACAGUGUGCUUCUUCCAACAGUACCGUUGAGAUUGGUCAGAUCUCAGAAGCCUGAAAAUAGUCCUCCCUUUACCCUUAUGUAAAACCCAAGGAUUACUUGGUAUGUUCAUUUGUGUUUAAAACAACUUUCUGGCCAACAUCUUUAAAGGAAAUUUUACCAGCUGUGCACUAUGGAGGCAGCCAUGGCUAGACUAGGGAUGAAGCCACUGCUACCAUGAGGAAGACAGGGCCAACCAUGGCUGGAGGCAUGUUGCCUCUGGCCCAGUUGCCAUUUUUACUAAGUUAUAUACCGUAUACAGAGCUAUUCUUGGUCAAGCCCAAGGCUUCCAUCCUUUCCUGAAGUCCCUUCUCAAAGCCAUCUUUUGGCCUCAUCUGAGAAUAAUUGCCUAUAAUCCUGUCACCCAGACUCUAGAGUCUAAACCAACUUAGCUUGGAAGCUGUAUCUGUUGUCCUAGAUGGACUCCAGAGCCUUAAGGUAAGGGCUUUGCUAUAAGAUCAGUUAGAUGAACCUACACUUUCAGACACUUCAGGAAGAUGCUACUACAACUACUGGUAAGAGUAUACUUUUACAUCACCAGGCAAUGACAAAUAAGCCAUGUGGGCAUUUCCAGCUUGGAUUAGAGGGAGGAAAGAUUCAUCAGGUAGAAUUUUGCACAACUUUUUUCAGCUAUUGGGUUGCUUCUGAGAAGGGUAGUGCUUCCAUUUUCAUUCCCCACCCUCUACCAUUUUCAUAUCAUAUCUUGAAAACCGUGGAAAAGAAAAUAUGCAUACUGAUGUGCAGCCCUCUUCAAAGCUGGAACAACCAGGCUGCAUCCAAGUUCUGCAAAAGCCUGUGACACCCACGGUUUUAGAAAGAGGGUUAGGGUUAUGAAAAACUUGAUAAGCCAAAGGAAGGCAGGGCCUGUAGGAAUGAGACCCAAGAGAUUCCAAGCCCAGAACUUCAUUGCAAAAGCUGAGAAAUGGUUACACUAAUCUGAAGUCAUGUUACUUGAGAAGGACCCCAGAUACCCUCCUGUACUAGUACUCAGUGUGUAGUAAGAUCUCUUCUGCUUUGCAUGCUGAGACUUUGAAUGGAGUGGAGUGAAUUUCAAGCAUGGCACUGCAUUUGUCUUUCUAAAGAGCCAUCACUGCUGGUCUGCUCACAAACCUCUGCCCUGGAAGAACUGUACUGUAGAGGAAAAGGUGAACAGCAUGGAGAAAUAGGGGCCACUCUACACCUUUGACAUGAAGUCCUGCUAAAGGAAAAGCUUAUUCAAGCACAAGACUCAUAAGGAUGGACCCUUUGGUGUAUCUCCUCUGCCUUCUCCGUCUACCUUUACUCCUCCCUAACAAAACAAACCAACGUGCUGCUUCUGAAGUGUAUAUAGAGACUUACUCUUAGUGGCCCAGGAAAAGUAAAAACAGGGACCAGCAAUGUCAAGGGGUUUUGAAUUGGUGAAGUGGGCGUUUCUUAGUUUUGUCUACAGGCCUGUAGCUGAGCCACCACUUGAAAGGACUUAGGCAGAGCAUGUGUGUUCAUGCCACUCACACUCCUCAUAUCUGGCCUCACAUGCCUAGGCAUAUACCAGUGCCCUAGAGGGUUUUAGAAGAGGGCAAAAAUGCAUGGUGGGAAGCCUCCUGCCUUCUAGUCACUGAGCUUUUGUCCAUGCUCUUGAAAAACCCAGAUCUAUGCUUCUGAAGAGAGUCUGGUUUAGGACCCCAGUGGUUUCAGUAGUAAUAUGGACAGCUUAACACUCAGAGGAAAGUCUCUUUGCACAGACUGGGUGACACUAUUGCAAGUGAGGAAGAACACGAAGGACCUGGAACUAGAAUCAGCAAAGUCACAGUUGGCAAAAGCCUGGGGAGUAUUCCUGGUGAUUUCGUUGCAUACCAGACCAGUCUCCCUACCCUCAAAGUGAUCUAGCUUUGCUGCAAGUGCUUGCUUAUCAAGUCCCAGACCCAGGGAAGAGUGGCAUUGGCCAUGACCUUCUUCCUGGGGUCUCUGAGUACACUCUCUGGGAGCUGCUUCAGAAAUCCCUCUACUUGAGUCACCCCUCUCCAAGGACUCUUCUGACUGCUUCAAUUGCCUCUUUCUUUUUUUUCUGUUUAAAAAUUCUUUUGUUUUUUUCUGUUCUUUUUCUAUUUCCUUCCUUCCUUCCCUCCUUCCUUCCUUACUCUCUCCUUCUUUCUUUGUUUGCUUGCACUUGUAAUGACUUCACUAAUGUGUUGGAAAAGGCCUUUUUAUUUUGCACAAGUAGUUACACAUUUAUGGGGAAAUUUUAGUAAAGUCUGUUUUUAACUCUAAAGGGAACUUUUUUCUCUAAAACUCAAUAGUAAAGCUACUGAUGCAAAUGGGCCAUGUGGUUAGGAGAAAGCGCCUCUGUGGAAAGAGCAUGUUUAUUCCUCUUGUACAUUUUCCUCUUUUAAUUGCUAUUAAACGAGAGGGCCUACAUACCUGUUUCAAAAGCCA